UCUCACUUUAUUUGCAAGAAACAAAGAAAACAUCAACCAUGGCGAUGAACAAACCCUUUCACCUCCUUUCCCUAAUCUUCAUCCUUGUCCUAAUUAUCCCGAUUUCGCAUUCCCGAAAAAUCCUUCCCGACACCCAAACACCGUCGGCAUUUAGCUUCAUUAAAGACCUUCAAGGAUGCCACAAAGGCAAUAACACUAAAGGCCUCCAUAACCUCAAACAUUACCUCCAUCAAUUUGGCUAUCUCAACUAUCAAAACCAAACACAUCUUGACGACGAUGACUUUGACAAUGCCCUCGAAUAUGCCCUCAAAACCUACCAAAAAAAUUAUCAUGUUUCCCCGACGGGCACUUUGGAUGCCGCCACCGUGGCCAAAAUGACUUCGCCUCGAUGUGGAGUCGCCGACAUUGUCGACGGCGUCAACACCAUGGCAACAAAGAAACCCCACCAUCAUGAGCCCGCCAAAUCUAUCCACACUGUCGCUAACUUCGCCUUUCUCCCCAAUAAUCCUCGUUGGCCAGCGUCUAAGACACAUUUAACAUACAGGUUCAGCCCGAACACUCGUGCAGAUGCAAUCGCGCCAGUGAACAGUGCUUUCCGAAAAUGGGCAGCCGCCACACACUUCACUUUUUCACGCGUUGGCAACAAUGCACAAUCCGAUCUUGUAGUUGGGUUUUUCUCAAGAAACCAUGGCGACGGCUUCCCAUUUGAAGGCCCGGGUGGAACCUUAGCCCACGCCUUUCCACCAACUAAUGGAAGGUUUCAUUAUGAUGCAGACGAGAAUUGGGUGAACGGAGCCAUCCAAGGUGGAUUCGACAUGGAGACCGUCGCCCUCCAUGAGAUUGGCCAUCUAUUGGGGCUCGGACACAGUGAAGUUCAGGCGGCCAUCAUGUUCUCCGGCAUUGCCGCCGGCCGAACCAAAGGCCUUCACCAGGAUGAUAUUCAAGGAAUCAGAGCUUUAUAUGGAAGAUAGACUAUAUAAAAUGAAUACGUAUAAGAAUAACUUACAUGCACCCCAAAAAAAAGUAUUGCUUGUUAUAUUUAUGAAUAUUACAUCAAUAAAUUGUUUC